AUGGUUUCCCAAGGAGAAAAUGCCCUUUUGGGCCACACAUCAGGCGAACCCUCUAAGCUUGGACAAGUUUCACCUGUGCCAGACAGUCCUCGCGCUUCACGAGCAAAGGACGUGCCAGGACAAUUCCCAGAUCCCAUAAUUGUCUCGCCCCAUCAAGAGCACAAACAGACUUUCAUCAUAUUACACGGCCGGGGCUCCACGGCCGAAAGGUUCGCCCCUCCCCUCCUCUCCAUGAUCACACCAUCCGGCGAGACCCUCCAAACGGCAUUCCCGCACGCCAAACUCAUCUUCCUCACCGCGUCCCGGAACCGCGCCACCAUCUACAAACGUUCACUUACGCAUCAGUGGUUCGAUCACUGGCACAUGGAGGAGUUCUCCAAACGGCAGGAGCUGAUGCGAGCUGGUCUGCGCAAGAGUGCGGGGUAUGUGCACGGGAUCUUGGAGCGAGAGAUUAGGGAGGUGGGGGAGGAGAACGUGGUGUUGUGGGGUCUUAGUCAGGGGUGUGCUACGUCUUUGGUCUCGCUUUUGACUUGGGAUGGGAAAGCGUUCGCUGCAACCGUGGGGAUGUGCGGAUAUCUACCGUUUGCAAAUCAUAUUGAGGAUAUUGUGAAAGGCGGCAGCGAGGAAGAUGGUGAGGACCUCUUUGGCGAGGAUGAAAGAGAUAACGACGAUGACCCGUUCUGCAAUUCUGGGGAUGAAAAUGACGGUAGAAAUGGGUUUGAGAACGACCGAAUCACCAAGCAGGACUUACCAAUGCAAGCUGUCACGUUCUUGAGGGAUGAAAUCGAGAUGGAGGAUAAGGCAGGGAUGGUGUUUCGAGAUGUUCCUGUUUUUAUGGGACAUGGUACGGAAGAUGAGAAGGUUCCUAUCGAGAGGGGUAGGGAAGCUAGAACUUGCUUGGACCUCCUGGGAGCUGAUGUUCAGAUGGUGGAAUAUGAAGGUCUGGGGCACUGGUACUCGGAGGAAAUGCUGGGUAAUAUCUUUGGCUUUCUUGAAGAAAAGCUUUGUCUUUCUUAA